AUGGACAUCUCGGAUCAAAUAGGGAGAGCACUAGAAAAAUAUACUCCUCUACUAGUUAAGAAGUUGAAUGACACAAUGGAAGGUGCUAUGAAUAAUCACAUAGCCCAAAUGAUCCGAGAUGAAGUGGCAGUGAAUGUUCAAAGGGAGUUUGAAAAGAGGGAUAGCAAGGGUAAGGGCAAAAAGGAGGAGGAAGAGAAAGAGGUGGAAGUGACGGGGAAAAAUUUGACAAUAAGAAGUUUACUUUCAAGGAUUUUGAUAUGGGUGUCGAAAACUGUGGGGUCUUUUCGUACGAGCCAAUGCCCUAAAGAUCUCAAGGUAGUGUUUACCGUGAGUAUGCUCCAAGACAAGGCAAAAAGAUGGUGGGAUAAUUUGUUGAUAGUUAAAAAGGGAGCUUUGGACAAUGUUGAUUGGCCCGAGUUUAAAACCAUGUUUUACAAAGAAUUUAGAUCAGAGGCGGAGGUGACUAGAUUAAGGAGUGAAUUCCUUAAUGAUUCUGAAGGAAUUCUUAGUUUGAUGGAAUUUUGUGCUCAAUUCCUUGACAAGGCACAAUUCUAUCCAGAAUUCCUAGAGAAUGAACAAUUGUUGAAGGAACAAUUUUACUUGAAGUUAAACAAGAGUUUAAGGGAGAAAAUCAGUUUGCGCCAAAUGGAGUCCUUUUCCAUGUUGUGCGAUGUGGUCCGAGAUUAUGAGAUCGAACAAUCAAGGGUUGAUGACAGUGAUCUAGAGAAAGUCAAUGGAGAAAGCAUGCUACAAUUGUGGGAAACCAGGCCAUAUGAGCCGGGAUUGAAAUGUUCAUGUCCUAAAUUGACCGAGGAAGAGAGACAAAAGGAGAGGAGGAGAGAAGCAGAAUUAAGGAAUGCUCAGACUCAUGGAAACCAACAGGGAAGAUCCUUUCAACUUACUGUGGAGCAAGCUAAGAAUGUCGAUGAUGUUGUCACAGGGGCGAAUAGAUCUUUUGUUGCAACUAGGAUGAUUCAUGUUAUUCCGAUGUCUAAGUCGAGUUUAGAUAGUACAUUACAAGUUGAAUUCGGAAAUGGUAGGACAAAGAUAGUAAAAGAUGUCUCUUGUAAUGCCAAAAUCGCGUGUGACGAAAAAGCAAUCUAUUUGAAGACUUCUAAGGGUGAAGACUUGGUAGUAUACGAUGAUAGAAAUGAGCGUCCUAUAUCCAUUUGUACUUUUUCUCGUGCCCAACGUUACUUGUCUCAUGGAUGUCACGCUUAUCUUGCUGACAUCGUUGAUGUUGAGAAGAAACCUUUAUCCAUUGAGGACAUUCCAAUUGUUUGUGAAUUUGCCGAUGUCUUUCCCGAAGAUUUGCCGGGUAUUCCUCCCGAACGGAAAGUUGAGUUUUCUAUUGAUCUUAUUCCGGUGGCUAUCCCCAUUGCUAAAUCUCCCUAUCGUUUAGCUCCAUCGGAAAUGCAAGAAAUGAUGAAGCAACUCCAAGAAUUGCUUGAAAAAGGGUUCAUUCGCCCUAGUAAUUCUCCUUGGGGUGCACCUAUUCUCUUUGUUAAAAAGAAAGAUGGAAGUAUGUGCAUGCGUAUCGAUUAUCGGGAACUUAACAAAAUAGAUCUUUGUUCGGGCUAUUAUCAACUCAAAGUGCGUGAUGAAGAUAUCCCUAAAACCGCUUUCCAUACUCGCUAUGGUAAUUUUGAAUUUGUUAUCAUGCCUUUUGGUCUCACAAAUGCUCCCGCGGCUUUCAUGGACCUCAUGAACCGCGUUUGUCAUCCCAUGCUUGAUAAAUCAGUGAUCGUUUUCAUUGACGAUAUUCUCAUCUAUUCUAAUAGCUCAUCCGAUCAUGAAGUUCAUUUACGUGAAGUAUUAGAGACGUUGCGCAAAGAGAAGCUUUAUGCCAAAUUUACGAAAUGUGAAUUUUGGCUAAGAGAAGUACAAUUCCUUGGUCAUGUUGUUAAUAAUGAAGGAAUUAAGGUAGACCCGGCCAAGAUAAGCGCGGUGAUGAAAUGGGAGCAACCAAAGAACCCAUCGAAGAUUCGAAGUUUUCUUGGUCUAGCGGGUUAUUACCGUCGUUUUAUCCAAGAUUUUUCUCCAAGAUAG